CUUUCACGCUGCAGGCACUGUAAAGUUGCUCUGGCCAGUUCCCAGAGGACGACGUAAGAGAGCAGUUGGCAGAGAAGCAGGAGAAAUUGAAGGAAAACCUGCACCCAGAAGAAGAUCCAGAGUGUUUAAUUGGGUGUAACAGGAGGAAGGCAAGAGGGGGGGGGGAAUGUCUUGAAGGUGCAAUGAAAGGCUAGAAAAGAAUAUCCAACAGUUACUUAGGAAGGAGAGAGAGAACGGACUGAGAACAGAGACUUCCCUUGCAGAGCUGAGAAGAAGAGAGGAGAUUGGCACUAUGGAGGAGAACCAGGGUGGAGCACCUUCUACCCAGAACCCACCACCCUACUCUGAAAAACAGCCCUACGUCUCCGAUCAGCAACAGCUGCCUGUCGAUGGGCCAGCACCCCCCUUGGGCUUUGUGGCAUACUCCACUGUGCCAAAUCAGUAUCAGCCUUAUUAUAGCCCAUACGGGGCGGUCUACGGCCAAGGGCCCAUUACUCACGCUCCACAGCAUACCACCUUCAUCGUCCCCGUGCAACCGACCCACGAACCGGAUUACCUGGGAUAUUCCAUCUUCACCAUGCUCUGUUGUUGCCUGCCCUUGGGAAUUGCAGCCCUGGUUUACUCAAUACAGACCCGAGAAGCCAACCGCAUUGGGGACGGCGUUGCUGCUCGGCAGAACUCCAGGAUGGCACAGAUUUUUGCCCAUACCGCACUCGGUGUGGGGCUUGUGUUCUGCAUUAUAUACAUUGUCUUCUUGACAGUUGGGUUUUAAAGGGGCUUGUUGCCAUGUUCCAGUCCUUCCCCUAAUGCGUAUCAGUCAGAGGAUCCUGGUUUGAAGUCAAUUUCCUUCAGUCGUUUCACAAAGGGACACACCUUAAGAUGGUUCAUACAUGCAAGUAGGGCUUUUUUUCCGGGAAAAGAGGUGGCGGAACUCAGCGGGUUGCCCUCGGAGAAAAUGGUCACAUGGCUGGUGGCCCCGCCCCCUGAUCUCCAGACAGAGGGGAGUUUAGAGUGAACUCCCCUCUGUCUGGAGAUCGGGGUGGGGCCACCAGCCAUGUGACCAUUUUCAAGAGGUUCCGGAACUCCGUUCCACUGCGUUCCGGCUGAAAAAAAGCCCUGCCUGCAAGCAAACUGCCUGAUUUCUCUGUUCCCUGUUACUGAAUGCUUGAAGUAGUCUCUUUGAGAAGCAUCGGAUCCAAGGCUAUCUGAACAUCUUUCCAGUGGUAGACCUACAAUGGCCCAUUCACACAUGCAUCAAGUGCGGAACGUCAUGUGUGAACCAGUUCAACAACACACAAGCACCCCACAUUGAAAGAACAGAAGACAGAUGAACCAAGGAUGACAUGGUAACACACUUCCAGUGGGACCAUGUGAUGGCUUGACAGAGUCUAUGUUAUUAAGUGGGUUUGCAAGCUAGAUAGAUUGAGGUUUAGAAUUCAGGUUAGCUUCCAGUUUUCUUUAUCUUUACACACCUGGCCAGGUGCAUAUCCACCAAUUCUUUGACACAGUUUUUUCUAAGAAUCAUAGGGUUGGGAGGAACAUCCAGGGUCAUCUAGUUCAACCCCCUGCAUAAUGCAGGAAAUUCACAACUACCGCCCCCUCCACACCCCCAAUGACCCCUGCUCCAUGCCCAGAAGAUGGCAAAACACCAUCAGGAUCCCUAGCCAAACUGGCCUGGGGAAAAUUGCUACAUGACCCCAAGGUGUCAAUCGGCAUUACCCUGGGCAUGUAAGAAAUGGUCACGAGAACUAAGCACUGAUGUAACCCUUCCUGCCCUCCCUCUCAUGAUCUGCCCAGGUUCACAGAAUCAGCAUUGCUGUCUAGCCUCUGCUUAAAAACCUCCUAAGAAGGAGAACCCACCACUUCCCGAGGAAGCCUGUUCAACUGAGGGACUGCUCUAACUGUCAGGAACUUCUUCCUAAUGUUUAGCCAAAAACUCUUUUGAUUUAAUUUCAACCUUUUGGUUCUGGUCUGACCUUCAGAGGCAACAGAAAACAGCUCCACACCAUCCUCUACAUGACAGCCUUUUGAUCAGUUCCUUUGGGUAACUUUGCAUCUUCCUGCCCUCAAAUGCCACCUAUUUUCCCCUAGACCCCUUUGCCUGCCCUACCCUUCUCUUGCAUCAGAGAAACCCAGCCAAUUGUUCCUCAAGGCUGAUUUGCCGGCUCUAUCCUUCUCAGAUCUCAGCCAAUCAUUGGCAGUGAUGCCUCUCCCAUGAGGGAGUUCUUGAAUGUAUCGAUAUAGAAGCUGUGAACAAUGUAAAUUGUGAUUUUUGAUUAUUGACAAUUUCUGUCUGUAUAUUUUUUCUGUUUAAUUAAAAUUUUGCUUUUAAUUGUGACAGUUUUAAUGAAAUGUUAUUCCAAGUUGGAUCCUACAGUGAUGUUAAAUGAAGAGAUUUCAUGCACUUAAGAGAUGUAGCGGCUGAAGCAUAGUAUACAGUAAAUUAGCAAUGUUAAAGAUUGUCACCACAGUGUUUUGUGGCUCUGUGAUACAUGAUUUGUGUGAUGCAAUGUCAUUCAUCAUCUCGUGACCAUGGAUUGUUACAAAGGAGGAAAACAAUUUUGGUAAUGCUUGUAAUCAAACUACAUUUGCAAUGUUCAAAGGAACGAAGAAAAAAUAAAUCACCUGAUACGGACAGACUGUUAACCAGUUUGGAAAAAUGCUCCCCUGAACACCUUACCACAUUUUGUACUUUGAAUUAAUACUUUAAAUAAAAUCCAUAAAGACCA